AGGUUGUGUGACGAGAUUGUGCUAGUAUCAUGGGUUUAAUAAAAAAAAUUGUAACGGUGGGCGACGGUGCUUGUGGUAAAACGUGCCUAUUAACGACAUUUAGCAGAAACGAAUUUCCGGAGAAACAUGUUCCAACUGUUUUUGAUGCGUACUCGAAGGAUAUAGAAGUGGAUGACAAGAUUGUGUCCUUGGCGUUAUGGGAUACUGCUGGUGAAGAGGAUUACGAUAGACUGCGGCCAUUGUCUUAUCCACGAACCAAUGUUGUGUUAAUUUGUUUCGCUAUAGACUUUCCGGACUCUUUGUUGAACGUUAGAGAAAAAUGGUAUCCAGAAGUAGCGCAUUUCUUACCGCGCGUUCCUUAUAUUCUCGUCGGAAAUAAAUUAGAUUUAAGGAAUAAUCCAGAAACGAUCAAAUACCUACAAAAAUUGAACAGUCAUCCUGUAACCCGAGAAGAAGGCGAGUCUAUGGCAAGGAAGAUAAAAGCUUGUUGUUACAUGGAGUGUUCAGCCAAACAUCUUUUAGGGAUAAAACCGAUAUUUGAGGAAGCAGCUCGAAUCUCCAUGGACUCGAAAUCAGAGAAAAAAUUGAAACGGUAUUGUAAAAUGUUAUGAAAACUUUA